CAGUGAAACGUACUACUCGCAGGCAGCACUUCCCGAGCGCCAUCACACACUAGCUGCUUUUCUUGUCAACGUCCUCUUCGACUGGUCGCAGCCAUUGAAAGUUUAAGACCAGACCAAUCUCAUCUCCUUUUCUUUUUCCCUUCCUGAUAAUUAAUGCUUGACAUCCGUCUUGGAUCCUGUUCCGCAUAUAUUCGCAUUGCCAUUUCCCGCCCUUCCUUCACUCCCUCAUUCAUUCAUUCAUUCAUUUAGUAUUUCUACUCCCCUUCUAUAACACCUCUAUUCUCUUUUGAAACGUGACAAUACUAGUAAUGGCUACCACGGAGGCUACAGCACCACCUCCCACUGCUCCUGAUGCCGCUGCAGCGCCAGCAGCUCCAGCAGCAUCAGAAACCCCGGCAGUGGCAGAGGUCCCGGCAGCAGCAGCAGCUCCAGCCGCCCAUUCUAAGACGAUUUUGAUUCUCGGUGCCUCCUACGGCGGUCUCUCCUCCGCGCAUUAUUUCCUCAAACACAUUCUACCAACGCUUCCGAAUAAAGAUGCGUAUACCGUUACACUUGUUGGCGAAUCCAGCAAGCACUAUGCUCGUCCAGCGACCCCUCGCGCAAUUGCUUCGCACAAGCUCAUGCCUCCAGAGAAAAUUUUCUAUGACAUCGAGAGUGGCUUCAAGAAAUACCCGGCUGGUCAAUUCACCUUUAUCCAAGGUACGGCCACGGCCAUGGAUGAGGCAGCCAGGACUGUUACCGUCACUACAGUGAACAACGAGACGCAGAUAAUCACUUAUCAUGCUCUCAUCAUUGCCACCGGCACAAGAACGGCCUCACCUAUCAUGGGUUUGCAUGGUGAUUACAAACUCACUGAGGACGCGCAGAAGGCAUUCCAAGCAGCUCUUCCCAAUGUCAAGAGCAUUGUCAUUGCUGGCGGCGGACCCGCUGCAGUCGAGACUGCUGGCGAACUGGCCGAAUUGCUCAAUGGCAAGCCGAGCCUGUUCUCUGCUGUCAAAAAGAAGGUCGAUAUUACUAUAAUCACGAACGAGUCGAAGCUUUUGCCCGCAUUGCGCCCAGGUAUCGCUGCCCAAGCAGCCAACCUUCUUCAAAAGUUCGGUGUCGAAAUCAUUUACAACACGAAGGUCGAGUCCGUUUCACCGGAGACCGCUGGCAUAUCUACCAUCAUGGAGAAGGCCACCCUCAAGCUCUCCAACGGCGAGAGCAAGGAGGCUGACCUUUACCUUCCGGCCACUGGUGUUACCCCAAAUACAAAGUUCGUGCCCACCGCUCUUCUGAACGAGAAGGGGUUCGUGCUCGCCAAUCCCGAGACCCUACGCGUAGAUGCUGCCGGCCCACUUGUUUACACUGUCGGCGAUGUUGCGUCCUACGCUCGAUGGGGCAUCAUGGACAUUUUCUCGGCCAUUCCAGUGGUCAUGUCGAAUCUAAAGCGAGAUCUGAGUGCACCAGAGGGUGAGAAACCAACCGGUAAGGAUCGCCCUUACAAGGCCAACAUGAAGGAGACGCAGCUUGUUCCCAUCGGGACCAGCAAGGGUGUCGGUGCAGUCUUCGGCAUCAAGUUGCCCGGCUUUGCGGUCAACAUGAUCAAGGGCAAGGAUUAUUUCACCAGCAAGGUUGGAGGGAUUGUUGACGGCUCCCACUGGGCCAAGGAGAGCAAGUGGAAUGGCGCGUAGAGCCCCUGUUCUCGCACCUGCCGUAUGGGAGGCAGCUAAUUAAGAUCGAUAUCUCGUUUGUGUAUUUAUUGAAUCGCGUUCAUACCCAAAUGUUUGUUUACCGCGUCUCUCAUGCGGGGAGCAGGAUCGCUGACAUAUUAAGGAAGGGGGGAGGGUAGGAAGUCUACUAAUAGUCGAAGCAAUAAGAACCUGAAUUAUUCAA